ACACCUUGGAAUCGUCACGUGAUCUUGCGAGAUUCAACAUGGCUGCGCCCAUGAACACGAUUGUUGUCCCUUGGAUAAAUAGGGAUGAAUUUUGCACAGUGUACAAAGAACUAUACAGCAAUUACACUGGAAAAAAACAACAUGCAGUCAACCGAAUCAAAGCAUGGAAGAGCAGAUAUGAUAAACUUCCUGUAGCUAUAGCAACUACUGUCGAAUUACAAUCGGUUAUAAUAGCACAUCAGAAAGCUCUGUUGACUAACACAGUAAAUGAAGAAGAAGAACACUUACGUCGAGAAUAUAGUUUGGCUAUUGUACGAUUCGUUAAUCAUGUUACUGAAGCUGGUCAAAAAAAAGAAUUUGCACGGCCUAUAAUAGCCAUUGCAAGAGAGUUUGGAAUACCUGAUUGGAUUGUUCAUCUACGUCAUGAAGUUACACAUAGUACCCUACCAGCUUUAGAUGUAUUAACUCAAGGUGUACAGACAGCUUUACAAUGGUUAAAGGAAACCUUUUGGGAACAUCAAAUGAAAGAUGUUAAAGUCAAACCAACUUUAAACAGUCAGAAAAAGAACAAAGUUAUCAAUAUUGAUACAAAGAAAUUGUUGCGAAGUUAUUUUGAGCUAAGACUGCAGGAAAUAAAGAAUGGUAGUUGUAAUGGAGCAUCAAACAGUUUAUUAUCCGAUCUUAAGACAGCUUUAUCUUAUCGUACUCACAGAAAACUUUUGUUAACAGAUUUAUGUGAAGAAGAUUUUAUGGCAUUAUCAUCACAAAAUUUAGAAUUUCUUGGGAUCCAAUUAGAAGAUUUACAAGAAUCUGAUAUUUUAGUUUUACCCAAUGAAUUAUUGUUGCUAUGGAGACCAUUAUUAAAAUCAGUGAAGAAAUUAGGCUAUGGUAGUGAAUUUGUUAAUAAGUUAAUAGAUAAUCUAGAUGAUGAAAACUGUCUUAAAAGUAGACAAAUAGCUGGGUGGAUUUAUCAUUUAACUUUUCAUUGGGAGAAUUUAACUUACAAUAAGAAGGGUAUAUACAUGUGUUUUAUUCCAUCUCCAUCUUAUUCUUCAAUGGUGCAAAAAUGUUUACAGAAAUCGAAUCCCUACAGUAAACUUCUCUUACAACACUUUUGCAAACAGUCGUCAGCUUAUGAAGAAAAACAAGAGGACUUAGUUAGAUUAAUAGAUAUUAAUGAUAAAGGUCGUGUGAUUACCGGUAAUGGUUACUCUGUGACUUCAUCAGAUGAUCCUGAUUCUACUAUAUAUACCUUACAAGAUGUCUUACCUAAACACAGAAAAUUAGUUGGUCGAUGGGAACAUUGUACUGAUAGCAAUAUUGACUGGUCGACUGUGCCUUUAGGGUGUUUACCUGGUCAGAUUCUCUAUCAUCAAGACUUAGAAAUACUGGAUGUAAAUAAUGAAUUGGGUCAUACGGAUAUAGAAACAAAUUUCACCAUUUCACAAACUUCAAAUGAAGAGGAAGUAAAUACUUUUGGGAUGGAUUGGAUACAACAAGGUGAUCAACAAAACUAUUUAUCUCAGGAACAACGAGAAUAUAUUAAAAAUAAAACUCUGGCAUUUUUAACGUAUUAAUUGACUUUGUUAUUUUUUAUCUGAUGGCUUCUCUC